UGUAAAGAAGCAUUUGUGUGGAGGUGCGGAAGAAGAGAAGGAGGCUGUGGCGGGCGGGCGACAAGUGACUUGUGGGAUGACAACUCGAAAAACACACUCAGGAGCGGGAAGUCGAGACGACUAUCGUUGAAAACGCCUCGUCGAACGCCCCGACGAUCAGGUUCGAUCUGCCGGACAGCGGAGAUCCAUCAUAGGAGAAAGUUCAGUUACCCACCACGAAGCAACGCGUGGGAGUGGGAGUGGAAGGAAGGAAGGAAGGAUCCCGUUUGACUGAGGCGAGCCCCCAGCCGGUCUCGUCAUGGCAGGAGCUGGAGGUGACAUGCAGUGGUGCUUCUCUCAGGUGAAGGGAGCCAUUGAUGACGACGUAGCCGAAGCUGACAUCAUCUCUACGGUUGAGUUUAACCACACCGGUGAGCUCCUGGCCACUGGUGACAAAGGUGGACGUGUGGUCAUUUUCCAACAGGAAAUUGAGAAUAAGAGCAUGCCUCAGUUUCGGAGCGAGUACAACGUUUAUAGCACUUUCCAGAGUCACGAGCCUGAGUUUGACUACUUGAAGAGUUUGGAGAUUGAAGAAAAGAUCAACAAGAUUCGUUGGCUUCCUCAGAAGAAUGCUGCUCAGUUCCUGCUGUCAACCAAUGAUAAAACCAUUAAAUUGUGGAAAAUCAGUGAACGAGACAGGAGACCCGAGGGCUAUAAUCUUAAAGAGGAAGACGGACGCUACAAGGAUCCCAACACUAUCACCUCAUUACGGGUGCCAGUUUUGAUACCCAUGGACCUCAUGGUGGAAGCCAGCCCACGCAGGGUGUUCGCCAACGCUCACACCUACCACAUCAACUCCAUCUCGGUCAACAGUGACAAUGAAACGUACUUGUCGGCAGAUGACCUGCGCAUUAACCUUUGGCACCUCGAGAUCACUGACCGCAGCUUCAAUAUUGUUGACAUCAAACCAGCCAACAUGGAGGAGCUAACAGAGGUGAUCACAGCAGCCGAGUUCCAUCCUCAUCAGUGUAACACCUUCGUCUACAGCAGCAGCAAAGGAACCAUCCGUCUGUGUGACAUGAGGAUCUCUGCACUCUGUGACAAGCACUCCAAACUUUUUGAAGAGCCAGAAGAUCCCAGUAAUCGCUCGUUCUUCUCCGAGAUUAUAUCAUCAAUCUCGGAUGUGAAAUUUAGCCACAACGGACGCUACAUGAUGACCAGGGACUAUUUGUCCGUCAAGAUAUGGGACUUGAACAUGGAGAACCGGCCAGUGGAGACCUAUCAGGUUCACGAGCACCUGAGGAGCAAAUUGUGCUCGCUCUAUGAAAACGACUGCAUCUUUGACAAGUUUGAAUGUUGCUGGAAUGGCAAUGACAGCGUGGUGAUGACCGGCUCAUACAACAAUUUCUUCCGGAUGUUCGACCGGGGCCAGAGGCGCGACGUCACUUUGGAGGCGUCCCGUGAAAACAUCAAGCCCAUGCAAGUCUUGAAACCCCGCAAGGUGUGCGUAGGGGGCAAGCGCAAGAAGGAUGAGAUCAGCGUGGACAGUUUGGACUUUAACAAGAAGAUCCUGCACACAGCCUGGCAUCCGCAGGACAACAUCAUCGCAGUAGCGACGACCAACAACCUCUACAUAUUCCAGGAUAAAGUCAAUUAACGUGCACAAGCUCUGGUGUGUGUGAGAUGUCGUGAUGCACCACCUGCCGCCUCGCGGCCUCAGCCAGGGUGGGUCAAAGUAACGCUGACAACCAGCAUCCCCUGUUUGUCGCUGCUGGGUGACCGGCCUUUGUUCCAGAUGGAGACAGAGGAAGCCUCGCUCUUGCCCAUCAUCAACCUGUCUGUGACAGUGACACCUGCCUUGUUGUUUCAGUGAUGUGCCAUUUUAUUUUGGGUUUUUUUGUUUGUUUUUUUUGCGUUGUUAUUUGUUGUUUUUUUUUGUUUGUUUUUGUUUUGCCCAACCACCUACCUCUUCUGAGGUAAUGUGGGUAUAACGGAUUAAGAUCCAAAAUUUUUGAGUACAAAUUUAUUUUUAUAACCUGCUCCCAUGACUCUGUGAAUUUUUUUUUUUUUUUUAAUUAGUAUGUCCCUUAUUGUCCCGUGCCAUAGUAGUGUUUAAUUUUCUUAGCGAAAAAUGAAAGUCUGUUUUAUUUUUUGGGGGGUUGUUAUUAAUGUGUGUGCAUACACCAUUUUUAUGAACCUAACUGUAAUGCUUUCAUAGUAUUAUUUGAGUCUCCUUCCAUAUCUUAAUUACACA